UUCUGAAGCUCUACAGUUGGUGGCGACAAUGCUGCAGCCGGCGGCCAAUUCAGCCCGUGAAGAAGAAGCAGAAGAAGAAGCAGAAGAAGAAGAAGAAGCAGACGAAGAAGCAGGUGAAGAAGAUGAAGAAGAUGAACACGAGAAGAAGCAGAAGCAGUUCACCAUAACAAACACUUCUCACGGUCCAAGAUGACGACUUCCUGGAGUGACCGUCUGCAGAAGUAUGCCGACAUACCAGCCAACAUGGACGGCGUGGCCAUGAAGAAGUAUCGACGUCAAGCGCACCACAGAGUGUUUGUCAACCGAAGCUUGGCCAUGGAGAAGAUCAAGUGUUUUGGAUUUGAUAUGGAUUACACCCUGGCAGUGUAUAAGUCUCCUGAGUACGAGUCGAUGGGCUUCGACUUGACGGUGGAGCGGCUGGUGUCCAUCGGUUAUCCACAAGAGCUGCUCAACUUUGUCUACGACCCCUCCUUCCCCACCAGAGGUCUGGUGUUCGACACGAUGUAUGGCAACCUGCUCAAGGUGGAUGGAUACGGGAACAUCCUGGUGUGUGUGCACGGAUUCAACUUUGUGAGGGGACCUGACAUCAGAGAGAUGUACCCCAACAAGUUCAUUCAGCGUGGAGACACGGAGCGCUUCUACAUCCUCAACACACUCUUCAACCUGCCUGAAACCUACCUCUUUGCUUGCCUGGUAGAUUUCUUCAGUAACUGCUCCCGAUACUCGAGCUGUGAGACCGGCUUCAAAGAUGGCGACCUUUUCAUGUCCUAUAAGAGCAUGUUCCAGGAUGUCAGAGACGGCGUGGACUGGAUCCAUUUCAAGGGGUCCUUAAAAGAAAAGACUGUGGAAAACCUGGAGAAGUAUGUGGUAAAGGAUCCAAAGCUUCCUCUUCUCCUCAGCCGCAUGAACGAAGUAGCCAAAGUGUUCCUGGCCACCAACAGUGAUUUCAAAUACACCGAGAAAAUAAUGACCUACCUGUUUGACUUUCCCCACGGCCCGAAGCCAGGUACACCCCACCGGCCGUGGAAGUCCUACUUUGACCUGAUCCUGGUGGACGCUCGCAAGCCUGUGUUCUUUGGAGAGGGAACAGUGCUGCGGCAGGUCGACACUAUCACGGGUCGGCUGAAGAUCGGCACGUACACGGGAUCCCUCCAGCACGGUAUCGUUUACUCCGGAGGUUCCUCAGACAUCGUGUGCGACCUGCUGGGCGCUAAAGGAAAGGACAUCAUCUACAUUGGAGACCACAUUUUCGGUGACAUCCUGAAGUCCAAGAAGCGGCAGGGCUGGAGGACGUUCCUGGUGAUUCCUGAGCUGGCCCAGGAGUUGCAUGUGUGGACUGACAAGAGCUCUAUUUUUGAGGAGCUUCAGUCUCUGGAAUGCUUCCUUGCAGAGCUUUACAAGAAUCUGGACAGCAGCAGCAAUGAGAGGCCCGACAUCAGCUCGCUGCAGAGACGGAUUAAGAAAGUGACACAUGACAUGGACAUGUGCUACGGCAUGAUGGGAAGUCUGUUCCGCAGCGGCUCCCGACAGACGCUGUUCGCCUCCCAGGUGAUGCGCUACGCUGACCUGUACGCCGCCUCCUUCAUCAACCUGCUGUACUACCCCUUCAGCUACCUGUUCAGAGCUGCACACGUGCUGAUGCCCCACGAGUCGACGGUGGAACACGCCCACGUAAGCGUCAUCGACACCGAGUCGCCGCUGGCCACGCGGAACCGCCACGACGUCGACCUCAAGGAGAUGGAGUGCAAGCGGCUCCAGCUGACCCGGUCCGUCAGCGAGAUCCAGCCCCCCCACUUCUUCCCCCAGGCGCCGCAAGAGAUCACGCACUGCCACGACGAGGACGACGACGAGGAGGAAGAACUGGUCGUCACAUCCGCCUGCUGAUUGGUUGAUCUGUUACAUUUAGAAGAAUCUUUUAGCUUCACCUUUUCUUAAAGGGACACGUCGCCCUGAAACUCUGCAUCGCCGUUGAGACCGUCUGCCAUAGAUGUGGCGUCUUUGGGACCAUAUUGUUUGUAUGUCGUGUCAUUCGUUUCUCUAGAAUGAACACUGGGCCAACGUGGAGGCGACAUGUUGGUCCGAGACACGAGAGGACGAGAUCCUGGAUCCUCUGGUCUUCUAACAGCUUUCAUCCUUCUCUGGGGUUAUUUAAUUAUCAUUGUGGUAAAUGUUUGAACUAAAUAACAGCGCGCUUGAGGGAGGCUCUUCACUUCAAGAAACCUUUGACACGGUUCCACUCCUCAGGAGUAUUGUCUGUCAAGCAGAGAGCGUGCAAUGCCUGCUGUGGUGAGGGGACGUCAACAGGAAGUGACUCACCGCUCAACAGGAAGUGACUCACCGCUCAACAGGAAGUGACUCACCGCUCAACAGGACGUGGCUCACAAUACCAGCUGAGAGGAACGCUUACUUCUUAAACCAGUGACUCCGCUCUCUGUGUUGUCAUAUUGGAGAAUGUCCUUACUGUAAUAUCGUCUUGCCUGCAUUACAUGUUUUGAAAAAGUAAUGUUGAUAUGACGCCUUGCCUUAUUAUGACACCGUGAGAGUGCAUGAGAAUUAUUGUAUAAGUAUAUUUUGAACAUGUGUGGUGGAUUGCUUUCAUCUGAGGAAUGACAGGUGAGGUUUGAUAGCAAAACUUCUGGGUUUAAAUGAAAAGACACACACACACACAGAGAGAGGGACCUUGGUCUCUGCUCAGGUAUCAAAUAGUUGUUUGUAUUCAUAUUACUUUCGUGCUCUGAAUGUCGUGUACGGCUCCUUAAGUGAACGGUUAAAAUGUGUUAAAGUUAUGACUUGAUAAAGUUAUGAGAUGAGUCCAAAUGACUUUGAACGUACUGAUCUUCAUCAUUUUGCUGUGGUAGCUCAUCACCAGUCCUGAACCUGCUGGUACUGUGACGUGAGAAGGUCUCCACACAGAUGCUGUCCUCAGGAUGAGGGUGCAAUAAUCCGUGUAGUAAUAAUAGUGCUGCAGUAUGAUCAUGUGCUCUGUUACUGCCUUGCUCAAAGUGUUGAUUUCUGGAAGGAAUGUGGGCUGUUAAAGAGCCUGGUCGGUUUCAAACGAGAGGCUCCCUGUCCGGCUGACAGCUGAUUGUCUGCCCUUGUGUUGGUUCAUCGGAUCAUUAUGGGAUGUUGAGCUCCAGCAGACGGUCGCUGUCAGCGGUUGAAGGCGUGGAAAGUGAACCAAAUUAAUGUUUAUUUUCAUUUUGAAUGCAUGUGUUGACGUUUUACUUUUAGUCUUAGUUUUGAAGAACCUUUGAGUUGCGACUGAUGAUUGUAAUAAAUAAAUAAAUGACUCGAUAAUGUGA